AUGCCCUGUCGCCCCGAAGUUACUAGCGUAGAGUCUGACGAGGAAGCAAUCAGAACCUGUCCAGAUGAGGAACUCCCCGGAUUGGUUGAUAAACUUUGGGGAAAAUACAAAUUUCAGCCCAAACCGAAACUCCCAAUGGGCAGAUUGCCGCUCCAUUAUACAGAAAAACGCAUAUCUCCGAACUAUACAUCACGCCUUGUAUGGACAGCCUUCAGACCCCAUUUUCUUAUCGACCUUGAGGCCGCGGUAGAUCUUGCUCGGAGUCUUGGUAUCAGGACACCACCCAUCGAAAGAUCCCAGAAAAUAGUUAUUGAAGAACGCUGUUACUAUUUAAUCAUUAGUCGAUACAUUCCUGGAAAAUCGUUAAAAAAGCUUCUGCCUCAAAUCGACAGGGAGGAGACAAUCAGGUUGGCUUUCCAGCUACGAAGCAUGUUAGAAAAAAUGCAUCAGAAAACCAACAGAUACGCGGGGGGUAUCGGAACUCUCGCGUUUGACAGAGGGGGUAUAUUUAUGACCUGGGAUGAGAUCGGUUUACCCAAGGGUACUACUACAGCAAAAGAUAUUGCUAACGUAGUUAAUUACCGGUGGGGCUAUCGGAGAGAGACUCAUGGCGACCGUGGGGAAACUCCAGAAAAGAUGGAAUGGGACAUCAAGAAUGGACCCUUAGCUCCUAACUUGCCCCUUGUAUUCACAAACUACGGUCUCAUGCCCCGCAGGCUGAUUCGCGAUAAUAAUGGUGACCUUUGGAUCACCCGAUGGGACAAUGCUGGGUGGUAUCCAGCUUGCUUCGAUCGAGCCUCUAUGAUCGUUGGGAUUUUCGGGAAAGAUAGGAGGGCUCAUCAGGAGUGGAAGCUAUUCAUAUCUAUAGCAAACGGCUACAAGUGGUCAAGAGAAGUAAAUGCGAUUUCCAUGAAUAAUUAUUGGAGGUCCCGUUGGCCUGACCGUGAGAAUUGCGCAAGGUUGGGGCUAACAAAACCAGAAUACCCAAUCAUCAUAGAAGAAUGGCCAGCAGAUCCACGGGUGAGAUACGGCCCGGUGUGA